GGACGUGACAUUAACAUGAAGAGCUACAAUACGGAGGAACAAUUUUACCAGCUGUCAGCCAUCGAUUGUGCGAAGUGUUACUGCAUUGGCAAGAUACGCGUUACGUGUUGAUAUAACAGAUUAUAUUUCUCUUGACACUCAGUUUCACGAAAUCUGACUUUCGUUCGCACGGUGCUUCGAACGUCCACAGAGCAUGGAUAAUAAUAUUUCUUACAAUAUGCAGCCACAGUCAGUGAUAAAUAACGACACUCUUGUGGAAACUGGUGUGCGCAAUGAAAUUCCUACAUUGACUGUAGCUCUGCCUGCAGUUCCAAGUAGCGUACAUAGUCACACUGGUGAAGCUGCUGCUGUAGCAGCUCAUGCUGCACCCAUAGUCAGAAUGGCUGAAGGAGAAGAGAUACCUCCUCCCAAACCUGAUUUUUCUGCCCCACCCCCAUAUGAGGUAGCUACUAAAUUACCUAGUUAUGAAGAAGUACAGCGUGAAAAAACUCUACAGGGCGAGACAACUCCUCAUACUCAUCCCCAAAUUCAUCUGCCUGGAAGUAUUAGAGCACCGCAGCAGCCAUUGACUAUUCUUGCCAUAGAUACAGAGGCUGCAGAAGGUGACCCAGAGAGUGGCCUUCUGGGAACUGAUUUUAUGUUCUUUACUGCUUUUUUGGUUGCAUUCCUUUUCAAUUGGAUUGGAUUUCUCUUGCUGAUGUGCUUCUGUCACACUAUCGCAUCACGAUACGGAGCUUUAUCUGGAUUUGGACUUUCUCUAACCAAAUGGACUUUGAUUGUGAAGCAUUCAACGGAUCUUGCAUCGCGCGAAAAUUCUUGGCUUUGGUGGCUCAUCAUGGCAUUUGGGAUUUUGAUUUGCGUACGCGCCAUCAUUCAGUAUUUGAAUAUCAAGCGUGGCUGGAGGUUAUUGUCAGGCAGUGCUCAAGAGCGCUUACUUUUUUUCUAUUAAACCACGCAAAAAGUCGCACCUUUAAUCCACUUGGCUUUAGUACAGCUGGCAUUUCUAUCCGGGGUUGUAGUUGUAUAAUAUCUAUAUAACCGACAUCCGUAAUUACUACUAUUUAAUAUAUAUGGAAUGCAUUAAAUUGUAAUAAAUAGAAAAAAAAAGGCGAGACUCGACGAUUUUAGCCAAAUUCACUUUUUAUGUAGUGAUGAAACUAUGCGCACGGAGAGUAUCAAGGAACAAGUAAGGCAAAUAGUUUCUGCACAUGUUAUUUAUCUAUUAUCUUAUGAAUGUCAUUUUCAUAUAAAUUAUCGUGAUUUUUUAUUGCUCAAAUAGCAUAAAGGAUGCUUUUAAUGGUGAAAGCUCAUUGAUUUGAAUACCCGAAAUUGUUACACUGAAGUUUGUGGUGCCGUAAUGCACGGUACAGACAUUAUAUCCGCAUUCAAUCGUAUGAAUCAAAAUGAAGAUUACUUCUUAUGAAAAAUCAAAUAUAAAAUUUCUAACAGCAUAUAUAAAAGCUAUGUAUGUAUUAUGAGAAAAAAUUACUGUUACAAGUACAUGUUAUCCUAUGCUUUAUAGUAUUAAACAAGACUUUAGGGGCUUUGGCUGUACACAAAUCUAUGUUGUAUUGACAUCCCGGAUUGCUUGUUUAUACAUUAUAAUUUAUACAAGAAUAAAGAGAACUUAGCCGUAAGAUGAUUAUACAUAAAUAUACUAAAUAUACAUGUACUAUAUUAUUAUUGUAAUGCGAAGUAUCUUAUAUAUGAGCCUAUCGAAAAUUUAAUUAUUAUUAUAUAUACUUACAAUUACACGGUAUGUCUGAAU